UCUAACAGGCCAGAACUACCCUACGUUCCUGACGACAUGACUCCUGUGCUGUUGCUGUCAUUGUUGGUUGCUGGGUGUUUGGGGGCUCCCACUGGCGACACUGUGGCCAUUCAGGCAUUACCUUGGCCUAGCAUCUAUGGUGCCCCCGUCGCCGUACCGCAGUUGACAGCGCAGGUACCUGCCGGGGUGACACUGAAGAACUUGGGCGAGGCAGUAGCAGUCGCUCCUGCUGUGGCUGCCGCCGUGCCAGGAUACGCUGUACAGGGCUCGGUUCAUCAACUGACACAAACCUUCGAGGAACCUAAAGUUACUCUCAACACCCUUGCUGCACCUCUGCCUGUGAGCGCACCUGUGGCGGUUGCACCAGCACCUUUAGUCUACAACGCAGAUCUCAAAGUCCCAGCACCUGUGGCUGUCGCACCAACACCUUUGGUCUACUCCAACGCAAACCUCAACAUUCCAGCACCUACGCCAACUGGUGAUGCCCCUCCCCCUGAACAAGUGGUCCAAAACAUACCUGUUCAGGCAUACAGCCGCCCAGUUGUCUCCUACACUCCCCAGAUCACCGAGUUCCGUCCAGAACUAAAGAUCACUGAGACGAAUUUCGACGUUCCAGUAUUCAAACCUGUCUACGAAACUAAAGAAGUCACUCCACUACAAUACAAGUACGUAGCUGAGCCCUAUGCUGUGCCCCAGCCCUAUGCUGUGCCGCAACCGUAUGCCGUGCCCCAACCCUAUGCCGUGCCUCAACCAUACGCAGUGCCAUUCGCUGCUGGUGUACCAAGCCUCGCCUACAAUGCUGCUGCCCCUGUAGUGGCCUAUGGUACUGUCACAGCAGCUGAAACAGGUGACGUUGCCGCUAAGCCCUGAGUCUCCUUCGGGAGGCGGCGUUAGCUGCCACGAACCAGUUUUACUGGAAGAUUGACGCCGCAGUCCCGAUGUAAAUAUACACAUCAAUACAAUAUUCUCGUGCUAUAUCUCUUUAGGAAUAAAUCUAAAUUUCUUCCUGCUAAUUUCUUUUAUUACUAGCAAACUCUGAGGAAAAUCGCUUAAUUAAACUUUCGCCUUAGC